CAGUUGUCCUCAGCAACGGUGAUGAAAGUCAAAAGCAUAAGUGGCAUUCAGGCUCAAGUUUAUGUGGCAGUUACAAAUACCUGUUUAAUGGCAGGGAGGGCUGAUACUACAAAACAAAUUGGCAGUUUGAAGUUUACUGUCAUGACAGUAUCCAAAUGGCUAGAAGAAUCCGAGAAAUCUGUCUUCUGCAAUGUGAUGGAAACAGGAGACAUCCUGGAGGUGGAGCACAAAGACCUUCAUCACUGGGGAAUUGGUAUCAGAACAACAGCAUCAAGGAGCACAGGUGCCGAAGGAAUCCAAAUCGUAAGCUACAGACCCAAUGAGGGCAAAGUCAUACAGGAGAAACUAGAGAAAUUCUGGGUGCCCGACAGCCGGAUACGAAUCAACAACAAAAGCGAUAGAACUAUGGCAUAUCAUAACGAAGAAGAGAUCAAGCAACAGGUGGCAUAUGCACUCAGACAUCAUAAAAAGCAGAAGUGGCACAACAGUGAACAUUUUGCUCACUGGUGUCGACAUGGUAAAAAAGCUGGGACUACAAAGGAGAGAAAUGUCAGUGAUAUGGCAAAAUGGGGAAGCAUAUCAGCCAGUGCGGGAGCAUGGAUGUUCAUGAAAAUCAGAAGGCAGCGACACAGUACAGAAUAACAACGGUCCAAUCACUUCUUUACUAUACAGGACUGGACCCACCUCAGCAUGUCUUUUGUUAAUUCAGUGGCAUAUUUUACUGUAUUCAAAGCUCCUAAUUAAUUUAAAGAUAUUUACUCAGCAGGAUACUGUAGAGUCAACUUUAAAUUGGAAGGUAGUGAGAAUCUCAGCUCAAUUAAAUGCUCUCACUGACAGAACAUUUUUGGAUUUCCUUAGUCCCUCCAUAUGAAUACCAGGACAGUAUCUUGAAUAGGCCAAGACAGCCUCCUUCCAAAUAUUUACACAGACCAGUGUAAAACAACAUAAGAAUCAUUUAAUCUGUAAUACGAUCUUAAAACAACUGCAUCAAAAUGAUGACAAAACUUCCACAGAGAUAUGCUAUAUCCCCCGCCUCUUCCAUUAACAGACUUUCGUCUGUGGAUACUUCAUGGCUCUCAAAGUCAUCAACUUCACAAAAACUACUUAAUGUCCUGCAUCUGUUCAAUAUGCCAAAGGGUGAUCAACAAAUGUUACAAUGUAGCAUAUAUGAUAACAUACAAAAAUAAGAAAAUAAUCACUUUUUAUGUAUAUAGUGUGGCAUUACAUAUUUGCCAGAAUUUGUAGGCAUACUCUACAGGUCAUCUCAGGCAAAGAAAUUCUCUAAAUCAACAGUUUGAACCACCGCCAUUAUCAAGUUAAGCACCAGUGUAGUGUAGUAUGCUAGCACCACUAAUCUGAUUAUUUUAUUCAGCUGUUGUAGUUGUUUCUAACUGUGCAGUGUUUGUUAAAUUCCUUUCACGCUUCACCCUCCCCAGAGGUGCCCAUCACAGACAUAUUCACUGUACUAAAGCUAUGAGAAUCACUAACAUUGUUACUGGUAUCACUGACAAGAAUGAAUGAUGUAACUAAUUUCAAUAAAGUAUUUUCUAGACACA